CUAACUCCACGACUCCUUUUGAUCUGAUCGAGAUAUGUUACAGGAGGAGAAAGCUAUGGAAGCCAUAAAGGAUGCUUUGAGAGCUUUGCGGAAGCGUCAUCUUUUAGAGGAAGGAGCUCAUGCUCCUGCGAUUUCUGCUCUCUCUAGGCCUAUAAUCUCUCAGGGGUCAGAAUGGAAGGAGAAAACAGAAAAACUGGAAACAGAGUUACAGCAAUGUUACAAAGCUCAAUCCCGACUGUCUGAGCAACUUGUGAUAGAAGUAGCUGAAUCCAGAACUUCAAAGGCUAUUUUACAAGAAAAGGAGUUGUUAAUUAAUGAUUUGCAGAAGGAAUUAACCCAAAGAAGGGAGGAGUGUGUACAAUUACAAGAAGAGUUAGAGGAAAAGACCAAGACGGUGGAUAUACUUAUUGCUGAAAACAAAGAAGUCCGGUCUCAGCUGGAAGAGAUGACAAAUAGAGUGCAAAAAGCAGAGUCUGAGAAUAAAAUGUUAAUUGAUCGGUGGAUGUUGCAGAAGAUGCAGGAUGCAGAACGUCUUAACGAGGCAAAUGAUCUCUAUGAAGAAAUGUUAGCUAAGCUAAAGGCAAAUGGUUUGGAAACUCUUGCUCGGCAGCAAGUUGAUGGCAUUGUCCGCCGCAAUGAAGAUGGAACCGAUCACUUUGUUGAAUCAACCAUUCCGUCAACAUGUGGGCACCGUAUCCAUGCUCAUGAAGGUGGCUGUGGUUCAAUAAUCUUUGAAUACAACUCUGGUACUCUGUUUACUGGUGGGCAAGACCGAGCAGUAAAAAUGUGGGACACCAAUAGCGGGGCUUUAAUCAAAAGCUUAUACGGUUCCCUUGGGAAUAUACUUGAUAUGGCCGUAACCCACGACAAUAAAUCUGUGAUCGCAGCAACCAGCUCAAACAAUUUGUUUGUGUGGGAUGUAAGCUCGGGUAGGGUACGCCAUACACUCACAGGCCACACCGAUAAGGUUUGUGCUGUGGAUGUGAGCAAAUUCUCUAGCCGACAUGUUGUCAGUGCAGCAUAUGACCGUACCAUAAAACUUUGGGAUUUGCACAAAGGUUACUGCACUAACACAGUACUCUUUACCAGUAACUGCAACGCAAUCUGCCUCAGCAUAGAUGGGCUUACGGUAUUCUCAGGCCACAUGGAUGGGAAUCUUAGGUUAUGGGAUAUCCAAACUGGGAAACUUCUGUCCGAAGUAGCUGGACAUUCUUCUGCUGUGACCUCGGUAUCAUUGUCCCGGAACGGAAAUAGGAUCUUGACGAGUGGAAGAGACAACGUGCAUAAUGUAUUCGAUACCCGGACUUUGGAAAUAUGUGGGACAUUGAGAGCAUCAGGGAACAGAUUGGCAUCGAAUUGGAGCCGGUCAUGUAUAAGUCCAGAUGAUGAUUAUGUGGCUGCGGGAUCUGCAGAUGGGACGGUUCAUGUAUGGUCACUAUCUAAAGGCAAUAUAGUGAGCAUUCUCAAGGAGCAAACAUCUCCUAUACUGUGUUGUUCUUGGAGCGGGAUCGGGAAACCAUUGGCAUCGGCUGAUAAAAACGGGUACGUUUGCACAUGGACAUGAUUAUAAAACAGUUUCAACACUGGUUUGAUAACUCGAUGUGUCGUGUGUUUCCAAAUGGAUGGGCGUGUAUACUCUUGUCUUGUGUUGUUCUUUCCCUCAAAGAACUUGCAUUUGAUGAAAUGUUUCUUACCGUAUAUAAUUGUUUCUCUAAGGUUCAUUUGAGUGUAUUGGUCAAUUUUUUUUCAAAAAUAGAUUUUAGGAACACCU